AUGCCUAUGGCACGCCGUAAAUCAACGCCUUUGCAUCGUGCCUCCGCUCCCGAUCUUCCGUCUACUACUUCUGGGUCUGACCGGUUGCGUGAGGCCCGAAUUAUCCGCGUCCAAACGUCCCAACAGUGUAUAGCUCUAUUUCAUCAUGACAAGACUACUUCUACUAAUGGCCUGUCUCCCUCUACAACUAUGUGUUUACCUGACGAGAAGUGGAUCCGCGCUGGUGGAGUUUAUAACUUUUUUGAGCAUCGCCCCCGUCAGCGUAAUCGUUACAUGCCCUACGUGACUAGAGGAGUCGGAGUUCUCGAUAAAUUACCUUCAUUCUUAUCUUUAAUGCUUCUCAUCGCUGGCAAUGACCGUUUCAUGGAAAGCCAUAAUUCUAUAGUACCAACCCUCAAAGAGUCGGAACUGUCGACGAUGAGCCUGUACAAUGCUACGCCUCAAGCUCUUCCUAAGAUUCUAGGUGCCUCUAACGUCACAGAUGAUAAUUCGCCUCCUAUCUCAGUUGAGGCGGUGCGUUCGAGACAGGAUACAGGAGGAGACAUUCACAUCACCGCACGAAGCCCUUCCCUCGGUUCGGCUACACCUUCACAGGUCGCCAAUCGACCACCACCCCGAAAAAGAGGUCGACCGCCCCGCCCUCGAGUUCAACAUCCUCGUUCGGAUAAAGAAAACAAUACUGCAUCACGACCCUACAGAACCCUCGAUAGCCCAGCAGCUACAAACAAAGCUAAUACAUUACCCAUAAUGAUCUUACCAGUAAUCGUAAUGACACCCUCUCCGUCCCUGAGCGUUUACCAUCGUCAUCAUCAUCUCGCAUGCGUCGACCCUCCCUCCGAAAGCUUCUCUCGGCAUCUGGCAGCAACAAUAGUGAAACUCUAG